GACGGCGCGCCGCUCAGCCGCAAAACGCGUUAUAACCACGAGCGACUACCAGUGCAUGAGCAAUCCUGCCCCGGCCACUGGCAUUGCCGCAGUGCCAGAUGCGGGCGCCAGCACCACAAACUACGGCGCCGUGCUCGUGCAGCAGGACAACGUGAUGCGCCAGCAGGACGCCGCACUCACCGACCUCUCGCGCUCGAUCGGCACGCUGCGGACGAUGGGCGGGCAAAUACACAACGAGCUCACACUGCAGAGCAACCUGCUCGAUGACCUCGAGCGAGGAGUCGACCGGACGCAGGGGACGCUCGCCUCGCAGCAGGGUCGGAUGAAGAAGCUGCUGCAAAAGACGAAGAACAACUGGCUGUACUGCUCCAUCCUCUUGCUCAUCGUUGUGCUCUGCAUCAUCAUCUACAUCAUGCUGACCAUCUGACGGCGGCGAUAUUAGAGCGCUCUCGCUCGUUGGUUCCGUUGUGAUGUGGUCUCCUUUGGCGCGAGAGAGACCCGCAGAGUGUCUUCGAGACGUUUUUUAUAUGUAGGAUUCCUAGUGAUCUGAUGCAUUU